AUGCCUCGCUCGGCACACUAUGAUGAGGAAAGCGAGUCACGAACCGCCUCUGUCGGAGCGAGACGCAGCCAGUCCCACCAUCAAGGUCAAGUCAAUUCCUUACCUCAUUCUCCCAUCACAUCCCAGUCUUCGAGUGACAACGGCGUGAUGGGCAACACUACUUCGCGUCCUGCUCAACCCCCCACUUCUCAGAACCCAGAGACUUCUGCCACUGCCACUGCCUCCCAGGACGAUGCCGCCGAACCUAUCAUGAAUUCUACCUCCCAUGGUCUGGGCAACAAUCGCCUUGCCACCGGCUUCCGUAGACCUCGAACACCUCGCUCGGGAGACAAUGGCACCCCAUCAAGUACGCGCGACGGCCCCUCUGAAAGCGCUCCUAGCCCCGGCGGAUUCCUCGACGAUGCCAUUGAGAUAUCUUCCGACGAGGAUCAGUCGUCUGAUGGCGGUGGAAUGGUCAUCAACCUCGACAACAGUGUGCAUCCCGAUGCUAUGGUCCUUUCUGAUGAGGAGGGGGAGGUUUCUUCAUCUGAAGAUGAAGCUGUUGAGUCACACUUGCACCCAGGCGAUCCCAUACAACCCUCGUCCUCUGUAGGUCAUGACGCUCACCAGCUGGCAAAUAGCACAGGUCAUGUUCGACGCCUAGCAGACUUGACACCGCAAGAGCUGGAGCAGCAACUGAAAUACGCGCUGUUUGAUCUUGAUCCUGAUCAAAUCGACCUUGGUCGUUCGGCGGUCUGCCUUGGCUGCCUACAAGAGGGCCAUUCAGAGGAGAGCUGUCCCGAGAAGAUUUGUCUACAUUGUGCAUCAGUUGGCGAGCAUUCCAGCCGUCUUUGCCCUCAAGUCCGUCGGUGCUUUAAAUGCCGCGAACGAGGACACGCGACGGAAUCAUGCUCCGCCGACCUCAAAGUGACCACUGUCCCAUGCGAUCUUUGUGGAGCUUUAGGGCACCACGAGGAAGCCUGCUCACAACGAUUUUUCCCCUUCGAGACCUCCCCCGGCACCGACUCUCUCAAGUUGUGGGUGUCUUGUUGCGUUUGUGCCAGCAAAUCUCACUUGGUUGGUGAUUGUCCAGAUGCGGAUCGAGCUACCACGGUCAGAUGGUCGCUGAGGUCGUUUACACCUUCGCACAUCACCAAUCUCAGCCUAGAGGCUGGCACCAAGCAACGCGAGAAGCAAGCGGCUAGUCGUGGACUUCGUCCAGACGGACUUCGAAUCAGAGGUCGUGCCGGGUUUCAUGCCGCCGGCUUUGCUGGUUCGGCUCAGCCAUCCGACGAUGACAGCGACGAGGAAUUUCUGGGCCCACGGGUUCCCCAUCGCGAGAACGCAAGCCGGGGCAAUUUCUCGUUCCGCCACUCUCAGCGUCUACCUGGCCGGGAUGACCGGUAUGGACGGUAUGAGCCAGCCAAUGACCGUCGCGGCUUUCAGAAUCGGCCGCCGACCAACUGGUAUGCGACGGACUCAUUUGGCCGCGGAAGACCUCGAUCUCCGCCUUCCGCAGGGGGUGAAAAUGGUGAGCACUGGAAUCGUGGAGAUGACUCGCGGAGACGAUCCCGAUCUCCACGCGGCUUUGAUGGUUAUCGCCCUCGCCAGAGACGAUCUCCGUCGCCCCGGUAUCACAAUGCCCCUCCCGGUUCACGUGGUGGUAAGUCCGGCCAGCCGAACCAGCCACAGCCGGGCAUGACCAUCCAGCUACCAGUCCGGAGAGGCUCAAACAAUCCAUCAUACCAGGGCUCUUCCUCACAUAACUCUCAAGCCUCUGCACCGAGACCUCAGCAGCUCAAAAAGACCUCAGGUCAGGCGAAAGUGGACAGUUCAAAGAAGAAAAAGUACAAAAAAGGGAAGGCCAAUACUUAG